AUGUUUAAGGUACUUUUCCUCGCUACUAUCGCCGUUGCUGCUGCCAAGCCUAGUAUUGCUCCUGCUGCGUACUUCGCCGCUCCAGCUCCUCUUGUAGCCGCUCCUGCUCCAAUCGUCACUGCCUCGAGCUCACAGUACAUCGCAAGAAACUAUAACGGCGUGGUUUCUGCACCUUUAGUGGCUGCCGCUGCUCCAAUCGUGGCAGCACCAGCCACAUACGUCGCUCCAGCAGCCAAAAUCGUAGCUCCUGCAGCGCCACUUUACUCAGCUGCCGCUCCCGUGUACGCCCGGUACGCUUCACCAUAUGUGUCGGCUUCUUACUUUGCUCCCUCCGCUCCUCUUUAUGCCUUCAAGUAA